AUGUCCGCAAUCCCCAAAUCGCUGCGGCGGAAAAAGACGCACGCCGUCUCGCGACCCAAGAUCUCCGCGCCGCAAGCGAUCAAUCCCAACAAUGACACGUCCUCRUCCACUCUCCGUCCUGAUGCGCCGCGAUCGAAUUCCACCUGGACGGCCGCCAGCGCAGGCAGUGACUCCAAUUCCCUCCAUCCCUCGGAACGGAGGGAACGACCGCGAUUGGAUGGCGGGAACACCAGCGAUCUGGUCAAGCGGAGAUAUAGUACGAGGUUCGUCGGGGGACAACCGAUGCCGCCGCAAGAUGGGAAUGUUCCUGCGAUGCCUGCAAUGCCAGGACAAUAUGCUGCGAGUGCCAGAUCAAGGGAUGCUUCGAGGGAUACGAGGCGAGAAGGGCGGAGUCCGGAGAGGAAUGGAGGGGCUGGGGGUGGUGCUGGAGCGGGAGGAGGUGGUGGGCCGGGGAGGGUCAAGAUUGAUAUUCGCGCUUUGAAGGAUCCCCAUCUCUCGGCGGAGAAGUAUGUGCAAAGCGUGUUGUCGGAUGCGUCGGAAGCGGAGAUAGAAAGCUAUCAGAAUGACCUGUUGAGUAUGAAGGCUGCUACGGAUGCCGAUCUCCAACACAAUGUCUACCAAAACCGCACGCAAUUCAUCAAGAUCAGUAAAGAGGCGGAUAAAUUGAAGAGUGAAAUGCGGGGACUACGGACAUUGAUGGGCGAAUUGACGAGUGCGUUGGGACAUGCGACGAGUGCGGGCGGAGCGGGAAUGACGGACGACAGCUCGGUGUUGAGUCUGGCAGAYCGAAAGCGGGCCAAUCGGAGCAGCGUCGCCAAUCUCGAGGCCAUGUGGACUACGCACCUGCAGACGUUGUGGAAGCGGGUGGAGGGAUCGCAGAAAUAUCUGCCCGCUUUGCCCGGCCGACAUAUCAUCUUGGAAUCGCAACGAUGGGUGGAGUUGAAUGCCGCGACUUGGAAAGCGAAGAGGAGGGUGGCAGUGGUGCUGUUGAAUGACCAUGUCCUCAUUGCGACGGAGAAGAAGCGGGCGGUGGAUGCCACUCCCACCAAGGGCAACAACAAUCGACGGAGCAUGUACAUUACCACGCCGGAGAAAGGUCUGCCCGCCAAUAACAACACCAACAAUCAACCUCAAACAACCCUCGUCGCCGAUCGAUGUUGGCCGUUGUCUGAGGUUUCCCUGGCGGACAUCAGCACACGGCACUCCACCAUCAUCAGCACCCCCAAAUCCACUUCUGCCUCCUCAUUAGAGAACGCCAUUUCCCUCCGCGCGGGGAAUGAAUCCUUCACCUACGCCAUUCAAUCCGCCUCGGAGAAAUCCUCCCUCCUCGUCGCCUUUCGCGCCGCCCAAGAAUCCCAACGCAAACUUCUUGCUGCCGAACACGCCCGACGCGAGAAGAAUUUCCAGGAAAUCUCUCAACUUUCCGGGAGAGAUCCUCGCCUUCUUAAACGAGCAGCUGCUGUCGCCGCCGCCGAAGCAAACGCCACCAAUCCCUCGGGAGGAGGACGAGGCCUCUCCCGAAGCGCUUCCGUGUUGACGGAUCAUGAAGGUCGCCCGCAGAGUAUCCGAUGGGUGGAAUCGCAAAUCGACACUCUUGAUAUUGAAGUCGCCCUGCAAAACUUCGAAUCUGCAGUGGAGAGGACGGAGAGUUUGAGGAAGAUGGCACGAGGGAUCCGAAGCAAUCCCGCCGCGCAAGAAAUCAUCCUGGCGAAAGUCAACGAGCGAGCGGUGAAAUUGGCGGGAAUCAUCGGGAGAGAGAUUGGAUUGAGGAGUGGUGCGAAAGAGGUCGUCAAGGAACGGGUGGAGUGGUUGUUGAGAUUGGGGUUUGAAAGUCAUGCGCAGACCACCUUUCUCACCUCCCGCACCGAAGUCUUGCGAUCGAGACAACGCAGUCUGGGAUUUGUGGGCGGAGGUGUACAAGGCUUCAUCCGCGCUCUCAGCUUCGUCACGUUUGAGAGUAUCCUGCAGACGAUGCGGAUUUUCGGCGCGAGUUUCCCUAGUUCGGCGGGGAGUGUAGGGGUGCGAUGGGCUAAAGGACGGGUGGAUGAAUUUUUGGGAUUGGUGGGGAGGCAGUUGAGUGUGGUGGAAUCUGGAGGCGAGGUGUGGACGGGUUGUGUGGGGAUUGUUGAAGAACAGGCGGCAUGUUUGAGAGAGGUCGGGGUGGAUUUUGGGGGGUUGGUUGGGAGGGGGUUGAGGGAGGGGGGUUUGGAGGGGAGUGGUGGUAGUAAGAGUGGUGGUGAGGAGGAAGUAGGGGAAAUAAAUGGUGGUGGUGGUGUGGGUGGGUUAGGAUUGGGCGUUAGUACUUGA